CUAAGCACAGGGCAGACUCCUCGUCCCCCACAGGAUCUGGUUGGGGUAGGAGCUGAGUGUCCUUCUAUAUAACAGAACCAAGCAAGGCCCCGGGAGGAGAGCCAGGAGGGGCAGAGGCUGGGCUCUUCAGCUGUUGAGAAUUUUCCCGGCGCUCAGCUGAAACUUGCAUCCUCUCUUCUGUCCUGAAUGUUUUCCCCAACAUGGAGACAAUAAGCUUAUUCAUCUUGGUGGGAUUUCUAGGAGAGUUCCCAGUUUUUUCAAGCGCCUCCUCCCCUGUCAAUUGCCAGUGGGGUUCCUUCGGCCCUUGGUCAGAAUGCAAUGGGUGUACCAAGUCUCAGACCCGCAGGCGGACCCCUGCCGUGUACGGGCAGUACGGCGGCCAGCCCUGCGCGGACAGUGCUUUUCAGACACGAGCGUGUGAGCCUGUGCAAGGCUGCCCCACCGAGGACGGGUGUGGAGAGCGCUUCAGGUGUUUCUCAGGCCAGUGCAUCAGCAGGGCUUUGGUUUGCAACGGGGAUUCUGACUGUGACGAGGACAGUGCCGACGAAGACAAGUGUGAGGACACAGACCGCAGGCCCUCCUGCGACCUCGAUAAACCUCCUCCCAACGUAGAAUCUACCGGAAAUGGUUACAAUGCACUGACUGGCCAGUUCCGGAGCAGAGUCAUCAACACGAAUAGCUUUGGCGGUCAGUGCAGAAAGGUGUUCAGUGGGGAUGGACGAGAGUUCUACAGGCUGAGCGCGAACAUCAUCUCCUACACAUUUCAGGUGAAAGUAAAUAAUGAUUUUAAUUAUGAAUUCUACAACAGUAGCUGGUCUUAUGUAAAAGAAACAUCAUCAACAUAUUCAUCAUCUACAAGGAAAAAAUCCUUUUUUGGACUUAUCUCACGGAAUUCAGAUACGCAUUCUACAACAAGAAGUAGCAAUAUAAACCAGCAGCAAAAGAGUUAUCAGUUGUUGGUUGUUGAAAACACGGUGGAAGUGGCUCAGUUCAUCAAUAACAGCCCGGAGUUUUUACAGCUCUCUGAGCCGUUCUGGAGGGAACUCUCCUACCUCCCCUCUCUGUAUGACUACAGCGCCUACCGAAAAUUGAUUGACAAAUACGGGACACAUUUUCUGCAGUCUGGAUCCUUAGGAGGAGAAUACAAAGUUCUAUUUUAUGUGGACACAGAAAAAAUGAAACAGAGCGAUUCUGGGUACAUAAAUAUGAAGGAAUGUUCUUCCAAAAAUGUCAACUUUCUGUUUGGUAAAUCUUCUUCAAGCAAAUGCAAGGCACUGGACGAAGGCUUGAGAAGGGCUGCAGGCACUCAGAGCAACGUGUUGCGAGGGGACCCCCUUGUCAGAGGGGGCCACCCAGGCUUGGCCACUGGCCUCAGUUUCCUGGAGCUGGAUAACCCCGCUGGAAACCAGCAGCGGUAUUCUGCCUGGGCCGGCUCGGUGACCAAGCUUCCCCAAGUCAUAAAGCAGAAGCUGACGCCUCUGUACGAGCUGGUGAAGGAAGUGCCCUGUGCCUCCGUGAAGAGACUCUACCUGAGGCGGGCCCUGGAGGACUACCUGGAUGAGUCGGACCCCUGCCACUGCCGGCCUUGCCAGCACGGGGGCCUUGCCACUGUGGAGGGGACCGGGUGCCAGUGCCACUGCAAACCAUACACGUUCGGCGCGGCCUGCGAGAAAGGGGUCCUCGUAGGCGAGGAAGCAGGAAAGGUUGAUGGAGGUUGGGAUUGCUGGUCCUCUUGGAGCCCCUGUGUGGAAGGGAAGAAAACAAGGAGCAGAAAAUGCAAUAACCCCCCUCCCAGUGGGGGUGGGCAAUCCUGCGUUGGAGAGACGUCAGAGAGCAGGCAGUGCGGGGAGGAAGACGAGGAGCUGAAGCAUCUUAGAUUGCUCGAACCCCAUUGUUUUCCUUUGCCUUUGAGUUCAACAAGUUUCUGCCCACCACCCCCUGCCUUGGAGCACGGAUUUGUUCAAGAUAAAGAUACCAUGUUUCCUGUUGGGAAAAACAUAGUCUACACCUGCAGGGAAGGGUACUCUCUUGUUGGAGAUCCUGUUGCCAGAUGUGGGGAUGAUUUGCAGUGGCUGGCUGGCGAAAAGCAUUGUCAGGAAAUUGCCUGUGUUCUGCCUACACUGAUGGAUGGCAUACAGAGUCAUCCCCAGAAGCCUUCCUACACAAUUGGCGAGAAGGUGACCUUAUCCUGUUCAAGUGGCAUGUCCUUAGAAGGUCCUUCAACAUUUCUGUGUGGAUCCAGCCUGAAGUGGAGCCCCGAGAUAAGGAGUGCCCGCUGUGUGCGUAAAGAUGCCCCCUUGACACAGGCUGCGCCUGUCUGUCAGCCCUGGGAGAAAGUGAAGGAUUCAAGAUGUGUUUGUAAAUUGCCCUACGAAUGUCGGCCGUCCCUGGAGGUGUGCGCUCAGGACGAGAGGACCCAGAAGGCGCUGGCCCUGACCGUCUGCAAGGUGCACGCGCUGCGCUGCCGCGGCCGGAGCUUCGCCGUGGCCCGCGCGGAGGCCUGUGCGCAGCCCGCCCCCGCCGCCAGGGCCUGCGGCGCGUGUCCGCCCUGGGAGAAGUGCGAUGCCCAGAGCAGCGCGUGCGUCUGCAGAGGAGCGGCGGAGUGCGAGGGGGGGGGGAUCCGCAUCUGCGUGGACGUCAACGGCCAGGAGCAGACGAUGACGGAGUGUGAGGCUGGCGUCCUGAGGUGUCAAGGGCAGAGCGUCUCUGUCACCAGCAUCAUGCCCUGCGAGGGGGGCACCCCGUAG